UCUCUGUCUCUCUCAUACACACUCACACAUGUCAUCCUGAAGGCAGCGGCUGAAUGAAUCGCCCUCAGCGAUUACACACACACACACACACACCCCUGACGCGCGCUCACGCUCUCCAGACGGCAAACUUCUGUGCGGAACAAACGAGACAUUUUUCGGGAUAUUUUCGCGAGAAACUGAAGCUCGCGUGUUUUUACCGCGUCACUAAUAACUCAUAAUGGACGUGACGCUCUUCUUCUCUCUCGUUUGUGUGUGUACGGCUGCAGGUUCAGCCACUCUCAGGUCAUCAUGGCCGCUGGUUCUGUCUGAUGGAUUGUGUCAGACGAGAGACUCUCAGGGACGAUGCAGACCCGUGUGUGUGUCGGGGUGUAAACAUGGCGAGUGUGUUGGACCAGAUCAGUGUCAUUGUCAUCCAGGAUUCACCGGCAAGACCUGCAACCGAGAUGUGAACGAGUGUGCGCUCCGGCCGUGUAAGUACAGGUGUAUGAACACACACGGCAGUUUCAAGUGUUACUGUCUCGACGGCUUCAUGGCGGCGGCGGACGGCUCGUGCAGGAAUGCUCGUACGUGUGCGAUGGCGAACUGUCAGUACGGGUGCGCGGUGAUGAAAGGAGAGGUCACAUGUCAGUGUCCGUCUCCAGGACUGAGACUCGCUCCCGACGGCAGGACGUGUGUUGAUGUUGACGAGUGUGUGACGGGUCAAGCCAAGUGUGCGCGGUUCCGUAAGUGUGUGAACACGUUCGGCAGCUUCAUCUGCAGGUGUCAUGACGGCUUUGAGCUGAAGCACAUCGACGGGAAGUAUCGCUGCACAGAUAAGAAGAGAUCGUCUGUUUGCUACGACAAGCCGGGACACAAGAAAUGCAAAUGCACACCCGGCGUUAACGGCAAGGGUUACGACUGCAAAUCUGUUGUUAAAGUCAUUAUUGAACCUGCGAGACCAGUGAAAGUCACAGCCAGUCCGACCACCGUCUAUACGGCAACAAUUCCCAUGGCAACCACCAAAGAAAAGAACACAACAACAGCCAUAGCAAUUCCCACCACGAUCGUCACUACAGAAACUUCAGUUCCAACAAGCAAUGCGGUUACAAAAGUAACACCAACUACUGUUGCUAUGACAACGACGGAAUCUAAAACUACGACAGCCCCGACAACAGCCUUGACAACAACGGAAUCUACAACUACAACAGCCCCGACAACAGCCUUGACAACAACAGAAUCUACAACUACAACAGCCCCGACAACAAGCCCCGACAACAAGCCCCGACAACAGCCCCGACAACAGCCUGACAACAACAGAAUCUACAACUACAAACACCCCGACAACAGCCCCGACACAACAGCCCCGACAACAACCCCGACAACAACCCCGACAACAACGGAAUCUACAACAACAACAGUCCCGACAACAACCCUGACAACAACGGAAUCUACAACGACAACAACCCUGACGACAAGUCCCAUGGUAACCACAACAGCGUCGGCGCCUGUAUCGAACACGAGCUCCACCACGACUCUGGACAACCGCGUCCACAGAGAGAGCACCGCGAAGCCCAGAGGAGACGUACACAUUCCACGUUACGAGAGCAACCUGUUUGACUGGGACUUUGACGUCGAGCUGGGAAACACAGCGGAGUAUGUGCGAGAUGAUCCAGCGGCUGGUGUCGUGAGCUGCUCGUUUGAUGAGGGUCUGUGUUUGUGGAUGAAGGACUCAGAAGGAGAUCUAAGAUGGGAAAUCAAAGAUGAUCCUGCUGGUGGGCGGUACCUGUCAGUGCCAGAGGCAACGAACAGACGAAGUGUCAAAGGGGCGCGGCUUACGGUGCCACUGGCCACGCCCACAAAGGUGUGGCAGGGCGGCGACCUCUGUCUGGCGUUUAGACACCGUCUCCACGGAAACCACAUCGGCUCUCUGCAAGUGUUUGUCAGAAAGGGGCGGAGUCACAGCCCGUCAGUCUGGACCACGACUGGAGGACACGGUUGGAGACACACCCACAUCACGCUCAGGGGGCGGGGCCUUGUUGAUAUUGUGCUGAAGGCCGAGAGACGGCGAGGGAAACAUGGAGAAAUCUCAGUGGAUGAUUUUAGUCUGAGACGAGGAGCCUGCAGUGAUAGAGACGACAGGGCAGAUCAGUGACACACACACACACACACUCACUAGAUUAUGUUUGUCUUCCAAGUUAAUGGUAUACAUAUAUUUUAUUUUAUUUUAUUUGAAGGAAUAUUCCAAAAGACUAUUUCAAAAUUCAGUAUUUGUGGUGAAAUGUGACCUGACAUGUUCAGUGAGAGUCAACAACACACUUGCAUGUGUUUGUUUCAGUGGUUUGAUUAAUGUUUAUAUUUUUAUACCUCAGUAGAUCAGUAAUAAUUAGUGUUAAUGAAUCUGAAUUAUCAGGGGCCUUGUCAUUUAAAUUAUUUAUAAAUAAUAAAUAUUUUUCCUGUUUUUAAAAAAAAAAUCUGCUUCUGUUCAUGUUUUUUUUUUCCCGUUGUUUCUCACUCCUCGCCGUUACUGCGAUCAUGAAGUGUUCCUGACGUGUGUGUGUUGUAAAUGCGUUCUGUUUUUGCUUCAGUAUUGUGUCUGAGUUUGUAUUUAUAGCUUAAAGUUCUUUAUAAAGCGCUUUGAGUGCCGAGAAAAGCGCUAUAUUUAAAUGUAAUGAAUUAUUAUGAAUUAUAAACUCGAAGCAAAACCUCCGAUGUUGAUCAUUUUGAUUAAUCUGACUGCUAUUAAUGUGAAUGUUAGUUGUUCUGCAUUUUAGUGCUUUUGGCAGUGUGUGUGUGAG